AUGGGGAAAGUGAGCCCAGGUUUGCCUGAAGGAUUUCCCCCAGCUCUGCCCAGCCUGGCUGCUUGGUUGCUUGUCCCAGGCCCCGUGUGCUGCGAGAAUGGGAAUUUCCAGGGAAGGCUUUUCCUUGUGUUUUACCUGCCAUCUGCAGAUGCUGCACAGACUCUCCCAAAGGAGCAGAGCGUCGCUAAGCCCAGCCCAGACCAGCUGCAGCUCAGCCAGGAGGAAGGAUCUGACUCUGGCAUCCUGGAGGGUGACAGCAAAAGCUCAGCUCCAGCUACCUCAGAGCCCAAAUGUGACACUUGUGAAGACAGUGAUUUGAUAGAAAACCUCUCCAAAAGCAAAAAGCCCAAGCUGGACCUGGUUUUUGAGGAAUGGGAUGUGGCCGGGCUGCCGUGGUGGUUUUUAGGGAAUCUCAGAAGCAAUUACAAAUCCCGGAGUAACGGAUCCACGGAUAUUCAGACUAACCAGGACAUUGACACUGCCAUCGUUUCAGACACCACUGAUGACUUGUGGUUCCUCAACGAGUGUCCCCUGGACCAGGGCACUGCUGGGCUCAAGGUGGAAGUGCUGGACUGUGAGGAGGUCAAAGAAGGUGACACCAAGGAGGAUGUGUGCUUGGAUGAGCUGGAGGAUUCCCAGUGCCUGAGUGAUGACACGGACACAGAGGCUGCUUCUGAGGAUUGCUGGCAAUGCUCCAAGUGCAGGAAAUUCAACUCUCCGGGGAAAAGGUACUGCUUCCGCUGCUGGGCCCUGCGCAAGGACUGGUACCGGGACUGCCCCAAACUGCCCCAUUCCCUGUCCCUUUCCAACAUCAAUUCCAUGGAAAACCAGGAGCAGGAUGAAGGGAUGGACGUCCCAGACUGCAGGAGGACGAUCUCAGCCCCGGCUGGCCAACCCAAACACCUUUUCCUGGCAGAAAGCAAACCCCGUGCAGAUCCCGGCGGCUCCAUCGAGUCCUUGGAUUUGGCGCGGGACGGGAAAAAUCGGGAUUUUGCCAAGCUGAAGAAAGAGGAGGAGGUGGAAUCUCUGGAGAGCAUCAAAACUCUGCUGAAUCCCUGCUUCCUGUGCCAGCACAGGCCUCGGGAUGGGAAUAUUGUCCACGGAAGGACUGCUCACCUGGUGGCCUGUUUCAGGUGUGCCAGGAUGCUGAAGAAGAAGAGAUCGCCGUGUCCCGUAUGCAGGAAGGAGAUCAAGAUGGUCAUCAGGAUCUUCAUGGGGUAGGGAGACUUCCUGCCCCUAAAGUAACCCCAAAAUCUGACUUUUUGCACUCAAACCCCCAUUGCGGUGCGUGCAGGAAGGAGAUCAAGGUGACCAUCAGGAUCUUCAUAAAAUAACCCCAAAAUCUGGGUUUUUGCACUCAAACCCCUGUUGUGGUGUGUGCAGGAAGGAGAUCAAGAUGGUCAUCAGGAUCUUCAUAAAAUAACCCCAAAAUCUGGAUUUUUGCACUCAAACUCCUAUUGUGGUGUGUGCAGGAAGGAGAUCAAGGUGACCAUCAGGAUCUUCAUAAAAUAACCCCAGAAAGAUGAUUUUUGCACACAAAUCCCAAUUUCAUUGUGUGCAGGAAGGAGGUCAAGAUGGUCAUCAGGAUCUUCAUGGUGUAGCAGGAUCUUCUGACCCUAAAAUAAUUCCAAGAAGGGGUGUUUUGCACUCAAAUCCCAAUUUCAGUGUGUGCAGGAAGGAGAUCAGGAUGGCCAUCAGGAUCUUCAUGGACCUACUACUAAAAUAACCCCAAAAAUAGAUUUUUUUGCACGAAACCCCCAAUUGCAGAGCUCGGUCUGCAGGAUCAAGAUGGUCAUCGGGAUCUUUAUGGGAUAGCAGGGCCUUCUGCUCCUAAAAUAACCCCAAAAUGAAGAUUUUUGCACUCAAACCCCAAUAGCAAAGCUCAGCCAGUGAAACCAAAGAAGACAAAGAUUUAAUCCCACCAAGAAUCCUCUGCAGGAUCUGCUUUUCCAUGGAAAUCACCUCAAGAUCAAAACCCCAACUUGGAAAUUUUCCCAAUUUCCCAUCUUCAGCCUGAUUUUAUCCCUUGGGAUUCUUUCUCCUGACCCAGAACAGCAGAUGUGGGAAAAAUUGAAACCUUUGGAAUGUUUUUUUUUUUUCCCAUAAAUCCUGACUUGUGCAAUUCCUCUGGAGCCGAGAGAUAUAAAACAGAAAUAAAUAUUUAUGGUGGGAGGGCAGGGGAUUUGUUUUGGAGAGAAGAAAAAUAACUUUAUUCCUAAGUGUUUUAUUGUUUAAGGUUGGCAGGGUGAAGAAUUCCUUGCUCCCAGAUGGGAAAUAAAUCCAAGUUUUUAAUCCACACCUCUCAGGUCACAAAUGAGAUGGAAAAAUAAUAAUGAUGUUAUAUUUUU